UCACCAUCCUCAUCAUCAUCAUCCUCCUCUUCAUCCUCAUCACCAUCCUCAUCGUCAUCCUCCUCCUCUUCAUCCUCAUCAUCCUCCUCCUCAUCAUCCUCCUCUUCAUCCUCAUCACACUCAUCCUCAUCACACUCAUCUUCAUCCUCAUCGCUCAUCUUCAUCCUCAUCACGCUCAUCCUCAUCACGCUCAUCUUCAUCCUUAUCAUGAAGCUCAUCCUCAUCAUCAGGCUCAUCUUCAUCCUCAUCACGCUCAUCCUCAUCACGCUCAUCUUCAUCCUUAUCAUCAAGCUCACGCUCAUCCUCAUCAUCAU